GCAGCAGCAGCAAGGAUGAUGAUAGCAUUGAUAGGAGAAAGAUAGAGAGAGCGCGAGCUUAGCAGUAGACAUUUGCUUUGGAUUUGUGCGCAUCCCCUUUCUCUCUCUCUCUCUGCCCCGGCCGGAGCGCGGACUUUUCCGCUUUCUCGAGCCAUCCCAAUUCUCACGCACCAAGCUGAAAUAUAUACGCCCGUAGGAAAGAGAGAAAGAAAAGGUUCGGUUUUGAUUCGCUUUUCCUUGCGGAAGCAUAGAAAAGUUGGAGACGUUUAUGCUUGUGCUAGUAGCAGGCUAGUGGUGGCGCCGUGGUGGUGCGAGUGCGAAUCCGAGGGAAUAUAGGAAGGGGAGAGAGGACUCAGAGGAGGCAGCGAGCGCUUGAGAGAAAGAGAAAAGAGAGAGAUUUGGUUGGGAGGGUGCCGUCUCCGUCCUCCAGCCGUACGUCCACAGCGGCGACCUCUGCUGCUGCUUCUUCUUCUUCGGCGGCGGCGGCCGGCUGUCAUGAAAAGAUACAUUUGGUAGGUCACCGACGUGCAUCGACGAAGUCCAGCAUGGGUUCAGGAAAUCUGGUAAUGAAGAAGGUGGUGAAGCCCAGCUCUUUCGAUCUCGAUAUACAGCUUGAUAGCAGUUGGACGGAGGAAGUUACCUGCCCAAUCUGUCUUGAUUUCCCGCACAAUGCGGUCUUGCUGAGGUGCACGUCUUAUGAGAAGGGUUGUAGGCCGUUCGUAUGUGACACUGACCAGUCUCGUUCGAACUGCCUCGAGCGGUUCAAAAGUGCUCAUGGACAGCCGGUCAAUGUGAAAGUCUCAGCUGUUAAUAUCGCUCCUCGUGAUAGCAUCCAUAUCAUCUCAUCAAAUGCAAACAACCACCCGGCUUGCCCAUUGUGCAGAGGUGAUGUCAUUGGGUGGGUCGUUAUUGGCGAGGCCCGCCAGCAUCUUAACCAAAAGAAAAGAUGCUGUGAGGAGAAUUGCUGUUCAUAUGUUGGCAACUUCCAUGAGCUUCAGAAGCACACCCAACAAAAGCAUCCAAACUCUCGCCCUUCAGAAAUUGAUCCUGCUCGCCAAGUUGAUUGGGAGAAUUUCCAGCAAUCGUCUGACAUCAUAGAUGUCUUGAGCACAAUACAUGCGCAGGUGCCUAACGGCAUAGUUCUGGGAGAUUAUGUCAUUGAGUAUGGGGAUGAUGAAGCUGGAGAUGACUAUGAAGUUCUCCACAGGGUUAGGGGGAACUGGUGGACAUCCUGUAUUUUCUGCAAGGCAUUUGGAUCUUCAAGAGGCCGAAGACGAGCAAGAGCAAGGGAAAGAAGAGGUAGUGGAAGGAGGAGCGGCAACAGGUCUGGUCAGGAAGGCUUUACGCUCGAGGUCCCGGCCAGAUCUGUUGACAUAAGAGAAAUCAGAUUUGAUGGAAUAGAUGAUGAAUAUCUUGUUACAGGAGCUAUGCCUAGUGUUGCAGCAUCCAGGAGAAUGGCCAGUCAUUACAGGGAUCCCAGAUAUGCCCGCCGACGUCCGCACUCCUAGGAUCAAGCGGCGAAAAGGGAAGCUCAGCUGUCAGCAACACUCAGAAAUUCAGAAUUGUUUGCCUCUGCCCAUUCCAUUCUUCCCCUCCUCUCUGCUAUCCCAACCUGAAUUGAAUCCGUGUGCAUAAAAACAAGAUAGCACCACACCUCUCUGUCCCUCGUUGUUCAUCAGCAUUUUAGAUUCUGCAUGUAAAUAUUUAGCUUGUACCUUAGUUACACUGUUAUAGCAAUGUUGAUCGAGGUUUCUUGUCCAGGAGACCAUUUGUAUCUCAGAAAACACUGUCAUGAAAUCUUCCGUGCGAGAUAAUCGUUGGAAGAAGUUCUUCCGAAUGGUAUAAAGAAAAUUCAAAAGGAUUCACAUGGUGA